AUGAAAACCUUUGUAUUUCUCGGGUUUUGCUUUCUUUUUCGAAAUGCAAUCGCCGCUGAAUGCUAUUGUUACCAAAAGGACGGUUCGAAACACAAUACUGCUACAACGGAAAUUUGUGAAAGUUCAUAUAAUUUGAAAAGCUACCCUGAUACAAGCUUUUAUUGCGAAAGCAAUCGUGAUAAACAUUACUGGAAUCAAGAAUGCAAAUACCACGGUUGCGCUGGUGGUACUUGUAAAUAA